AUGGACGCUUCAAAUUCAGUUGAAGACGCUGUAAAUUCAGUAGAAAAUGUUGCAAUUUCAGUUGAAGAGGCUGCAAAUUCAGUUGAAGGGCAUACAAUUCUUAAUCCUCAAGAUCAAAAAAUUCCUAAAGAUGGAAUGAAGUUUGAUUCAGAAGAAGACCUUUACAAUUACUUUAAAGCAUAUGCAUUCCAGACUGGAUUUGGUAUACGGAAAUCUAGUACAAGAACAAAAGAUUCUUGUGCUAAAACAUACUAUUCACUUGGAUGUGCUAGAGGAGGGGUAUAUGUUCCUAAAACAAGCAAACCAUAUAAAAAGACCACUAAAACAAAUUGUAAAGCAAAAAUUAGCGUAAUUGCAUAUGGUGAUGGAAGAUGCAUUAUCUCUAGUGUUUUUCUUGAACAUAAUCAUGCUUUAAGUCCCAAAAAAUCUCGUUUCCAACGAUCACAUAAGAAAAUGGAUUCAUAUGCUAAGAGAAGACUUGAAUUGAAUGAUUAUGCUGGAAUUCCGUUAAAUAAAAGUUUUCACUCGUUAGUUGCUGAAGCGAAAGGGUAUGAUAAUUUGCCUUUUGGCGAGACAGAUUGUAGAUCUUACAUCACAAAAGUAAGACAACUAAGACUUGGGCUUGGGGAUGCCGAGGCACUUCGUAAUUAUUUUGUCCGUAUGCAAAAAAGGAGUUCAAAUUUUUUCUACGUGAUUGAUAUGGAUGAUGAAGGUCGUAUGCGAAAUGUAUUUUGGGCAGAUGCAAGGUCAAGGGUAGCAUACGAGUCAUUCGGGGAUGUUAUUUCGUUUGAUAGCACAUAUUUGACUAACAAAUAUAAUAUGCCGUUUGCGCCUUUUGUUGGAGUAAAUCACCAUGGGCAAUCUAUCUUAUUUGGAUGUGGUUUGCUUUCAAGAGAGGACAUAGAAACAUAUGUAUGGUUAUUCAAGUCAUGGUUAGAAUGCAUGCAUGGACGGGCACCAAAAGCAAUAAUAACAGAUCAAUGUCGAUCAAUGCAAGGAGCUGUUGCACAGGUAUUCCCUGAAUCUCAUCAUCGUCUUUGUCUUUGGCAUAUUAUGAAAAAGAUUCCUGAAAAGUUAAGUAGGUUGCCUCAAUAUAAUGUAAUAAAGAAGACUCUAAAAACCCUUGUAUACGAGUCUACGGACACUCAAGAGUUUGAAGAUGGCUGGUGCAAGCUAGUUGAAAAGUAUGCACUUGAAAAAAAUGAGUGGUUGAGUUCUUUAUUUAACGAGCGAAUGCGUUGGGUACCGAUAUAUGUAAAAGAAAACUUUUGGGCAGGGAUGUCUACUACGCAAAGAAGUGAAAGCAUGAAUGCUUUUUUUGAUGCGUAUGUUAAUUCUAAAACCUCAUUACGACAAUUUGUUGAGCAAUAUGACAAUGCACUGAAAAGCAAGAUUGAAAAAGAAAAUAAGGCUGAUUUUGAGUCUCUCAAUAGUUCAUAUAAAUUAGUAACUGGGUUUUAUUUUGAGAGACAGUUUCAGGAAGCAUACACAAAUGCAAUAUUUAAGUUGUUUCAAGAUGAGUUGCGAGGUAUGUUGUUUUGCAAUUCUUCAUUGGUCAAAAUAGAUGGUGCUCGCUAUGUAUUUCAUGUCACAGAUAUUGUGGAAGGGAAACAUGGAGAUUCUAAAAAAAGAGUUGUUUAUAUCGUUAGUUAUGAUGAGACUGAAUGUGAUAUACAAUGUUCUUGUCAUUUGUUUGAGUUUCGAGGAAUUAUUUGUAGGCAUGUAGUGAAAAUAUUGAUUGAGAAGGAUGUUAAAGAAAUCCAUCCACGGUAUAUUUUGUCUCGGUGGAGGAAAGAUGUGAAGCAUGGACACUACUUAGUGAUAAAUUGUUAUGAAGAUUUGAUGAGUGGUGAAAAUGCUAAACAAUUUGACCACUUGUGUUCCAAUUUUUACGAGGUUGCGCAUAUUGCUAAUUCCCGCGAAAUGUAUGAAUACUUGCUAAGUUGUGUAAAUAUGGCUAAAGAAAAGUUAAAUGAUGAUUCAAUUUGGGGUUGUAGUAGUAACAUCAAUUUGGUAGUUGAAGAUGUUCGUGUUUCAGACUCGACUACGAAGUUGUUACCACCCAUGCAAGUGCGUAGUAAAGGCCGUCCACCAUCAAAAAGAAAAGAAUCUAGAGUAGAACAAGUUAUGAAGAAGAAAACAAAGAAAAAUGUACGUGAAAAAACGAACAACAUACAACAAGAUCAAAUGGAUUCAAGUCGUGAGCAUGGAGCAAAUUCCUAUAAUAACGAGUCGAACUGCCAGUUUGAUCUUAAUGUACCGGUUUGA